AGCGAGUCGAUGAGUCUGUGCUGGAGCCGGGCGCGAGCGCACGGCGGCGUCUGAGGUCGGACGGGUCGCCGUCUUCCGCGUCCGGGCUGGCAGCGGUCGCUGUGGGGAGUCAGGCGGGACGCCCUCGAACCUACUCAGGAUGCUGUGUCUGCUGCUCCUUUGUGAAUGUCUUUUGCUGAUGACUGGUCAUGCUCAUGAUGAUGACUGGAUUGACCCCACAGAUAUGCUUAAUUAUGAUGCUGCUUCAGGAACCAUGAGAAAGUCUCAGAUGAAAUAUGGUACAUCCGAGAAAAAGGAAAUGAUCCCUGACUUGUCGAAUGCUGAGGAGUUAUCAGACUGCUUGCACAGACUGGAUUCUUUAACUCACAAGGUGGAUGACUGUGAGAAGAAGAAAAUGAAAGAUUAUGAAAGUCAAAGCAACCCUGUGUUUAGGAGAUACCUAAAUAAGAUUUUAAUUGAAGCCGGCAAGCUUGGACUUCCUGAUGAAAACAAAGUUGAUGUGCAUUAUGAUGCUGAGAUUCUCCUUACAAGACAAACACUCUUGGAGAUACAGAAGUUCCUCAGUGGAGAGGAGUGGAAGCCAGGAGCCUUGGAUGACGCCUUAAGUGAUAUUUUAAUCAAUUUUAAGUGUCAUGAUUCAGAAGCAUGGAAGUGGCGAUUUGAAGACUCUUUUGGAGUGGAUGCAUAUAAUGCGUUUAUGGUGCUCUUGUGUCUGCUCUGCAUUGUGCUGUUGGUGGCUACAGAACUGUGGACAUAUAUUUGCUGGUACACACAGUUGAGACGCAUUUGUAUUAUCAUUUUUCUCUUCAGUGUGGGAUGGAAUUGGGUGUAUCUAUAUAAGGUAGCUUUUGCUGAGCAUCAGGCUAACGUUGCCAAGAUGGCGCCAUUGGACAAUGUGUGUGCUGAGAAGAUGGACUGGACUGGAAGUCUCUGGGAAUGGUUUAGAAGUUCAUGGACCUAUAAGGAUGACUCGUGCCAAAAGUACUAUGAGCUCUUACUAAUCAACCCUAUUUUGUUGGUUCCGCCAACAAAGGCUCUGGCAGUUACAUUCACUAACUUCGUAACAGAACCAUUAAAGCACAUUGGAAAAGGAACUGGUGAAUUCAUUAAAGCACUCAUGAAGGAGAUCCCAGUGUUACUGCAGAUUCCAGUGCUGGUGAUUAUGGCACUGGCCGUCCUGAGCUUCUGCUACGGUGCUGGAAAGUCAGUUCCUAUGCUGAGAUACUUGGGUGGUCCUGAAAGAGAACCUCCCCAGGCACUUGAGCCAGCCGACAGGCGACAGCAGAAGCAACUUGACUAUAGACUUCAUGGUGGAGCAGGUGAUGCAGAUUUCUGUUAUAGGGGCCACGCUGGCUCCAUCGAGCAAGGCCCUUAUGACACGAUGCAUGCGUGUAACAGAGAAGGUUUGAGACAGAGACACGUUGAUAUGAGACUUCGCACUGGCAACAAGAGCCCUGAAGUGCUCCGGGCAUGUGAUUUACCUGACACAGAGGCUCAAGAGCAUCCAGAAGUGGUACCCAGCCAUAAACCAUCCAUUGUGAAUACAAACCUCAAAGAGAUUGGACCCCCAGGAGAAAGCACCCCAACAGAACACAGCCAGUCUGCCAAGACUGUCUCUGGCCAAGGUGCAGGGACUGCAGAAGUCUCACCCACAGCGGAGAAGGCCCCGGUGAUGCUAGAUUCUGCGUGCAGCCCACAGGGAGGUGCCACACACAGCCCAGGAACCGCAACAUGUGUGACUGAUCUUGUCAGCAGCCCAUGUGGCUAAGGAACAUGAAGUCAUCUUUGAAGUCUAUAACUGUUUGGGAGUGGACUCCAUCUGGACAGUCAGCAAAGCAACACGCUGUUCUCGAAAGAUUACAGUCAUUCAGGGAAGACUUGACUAAAACAAGUGAACAUAUCAAGGCCAGCUUGUUUCAGUUGACUAGCAAGAGUUUGUCAUGGAGACUAAAGCAUAUUGUAACUGCCUUUUAAGAAAGUAACAAUGGGGUAGGUAGCUGUUAAAAGCACUUUUUAAAAUGGAAUAAUGUUGAAUGCUUACAGGGUCUUAAUAGCCACUGUAAAUGCAAAAUAAACACUUAUUUUUUACAUUUUGA